CUCAAGCGUUUCACGCCCAAGGUGCCAGUUCAGCUGGAUCCGCCCAAGGAUGACCCCAUCUCUCAGGAGGAAUUGGCCAAGUGCGACGGGACCGAUUCAAGCCGUCCUACUUUAGUCGCCAUCAAGGGCGUUGUAUUCGACGUGAGCCGUAAUCCCGCCUAUGGACCCACUGGUCAAUACCGAGUCUUCGCUGGCAAGGACCCCUCGCGUGCUCUCGCCAAAUCCUCCCUCAAGCCGGAAGACUGCGUCCCAGACUGGUAUGACUUGGAGGAUAAGGACAAGGUGGUGCUGGAUGAGUGGUUCACCUUCUUCAGCAAGCGGUACAACAUUGUCGGCAAGGUUGAGGGUGCUACUAACACCUAA